UAUACCGCUCGUCCUGGUUCGAACGAUAGCUUUUGUCCCGAGACGAUACCCGUAGUUAGUGAAAGUUUUCUGUCCGCGAACGUGUUGGCUGUGCAUUUACUCGCCGUCAUUGUUUUGCAAUAUUAGUCUUGAAGAAUUAAGCGACACUUCAUUUCAGUCCAUGCGGUUUUCGGGAUAGGAUAGCAGAAAUGCCUCGUUAUGCUCAACUGGUGAUGGGCCCCGCGGGAAGUGGAAAGAGUACCUACUGCUCUACACUGAUCCAGCAUGCAGAAGCCAUAAACCGCUCUGUACAGGUGGUCAACCUAGACCCAGCCGCAGAACACUUUGAUUACCCAGUCAUGGCAGAUAUCCGGGAGCUCAUCAUGGUGGAUGACGUGAUGGAGGAUGAGUCACUGAGGUUUGGCCCAAAUGGAGGGCUGGUGUUCUGCAUGGAGUACUUUGCCAACAACUUUGACUGGCUGGAGGAGAGCCUGGGUCACGUGGAGGACGACUACAUACUGUUUGACUGUCCUGGUCAAAUCGAGCUCUACACACACCUCCCUGUGAUGAGGCAGCUGGUAGAGCAGCUCCAGCAGUGGGAAUUCCGUGUCUGCGGCGUCUUCCUGGUGGACUCACAGUUCAUGGUGGAGACCUUCAAGUUCAUCUCUGGUAUCAUGGCUGCGUUGAGUGCCAUGGUGUCCUUGGAGAUCCCAACCGUCAACAUCAUGACCAAAAUGGACCUGCUCAGUCCCAAGGCCAAGAAGGAAAUAGAAAAGUACCUGGACCCUGACAUGUACUCAAUGAUGGAGGACAACUCUGUCACCAUUAGGAGCAAGAAGUUCAAGAAGCUGACCAAAGCCAUCUGUGGUUUGAUUGAUGACUACAGCAUGGUGAGAUUCCUGCCUUUUGAUCGCACAGACGAGGAAGGUAUCAACAUAGUGCUUCAGCACAUCGACUUUUCCAUACAGUACGGAGAAGACUUGGAGUUCAAAGAGCCAAAGGAGCCUGACGAGGAGCCAGACAACACAAAUUAUGAUGAUUUCUUCCAGGACAAAGAGGACUGAGAUUAUAUACAUUACAAAAUAUUAAGUGCACCUGACAGACUGACCAGGUGAAUCCAGGCGAAAGCUAUGAUCCUUUAUUGAUGUCACUUAAAUUAGUGUAGAUGAAGGGGAGGAGUCAGGUAAUAGAAGGAUUUUUAAGCCUUGAGAUAAUUGAGACAUGGAUUGUGUGUGUGCCAUUCAGAGGGUGAAUGGGCAAGAAAACACAUUUUAAGUGCCUUUGAAUGGGGUAUGGUAGUAGGUGCCAGGCGCACCGGUUUGUGUCAAGAACUGAAACGCUGCUGGGUUUUUCACACUCAACAGUUUCCCAUGUGUAUCGAUAAUGGUCCUCCACCCAAUGACAUCCAGCCAACUUGACACAAUGGUGGGAAGCAUUGGAGUCAACAUGAGCCAGCAUCCCUGUGGAACGCUUUUGAGUCCAUGCCCCAACGAAUUGAGUCUGUUCUGAGGGCAAAAGGGGGGUGCAACUCAAUAUUAGGAAGGUGUUCUCAAUUUCACCCAAUCCCUCCCCAUCCCUGUCUGUGAAGCACCACCACGUGACCUGUUGAUUUUUGACUGUAAGCAGAAUUUAAUGGAAAUUAAGAACGUUUCUUGUUGAAUAUCUGGAUUAUGUUUUUGUAAUUGUAAAAAAAUGACUUAAAUGUAAAUGUAAUUAAACUAUUGUAAAACAA